GGUGGGUGGGUGGGGGGGUCAUUGACCCAAACAUAAAUACAUGGUAUACUGUACAACGAUAUUUGACUAUUUCAUUCCUUCAGAGAGUUUACUUUAAUGGUUACGUUUCCAGUACUAUUGACAUUGUGAAACAUGCUAAAGUCUGGGUUUUGUAGCUUUAUUCCAUUGCUGAUUUUUAUUUAUUUUUUCGGAUUUACCAAACUCGCCCGUUUUCAAUAUUUCAUAUAAUUUGUAAGAGUUGUAGAACUUUGUUUACGUGGCGUCAUCGUAUGAACGGGAAUGCAAUGUUUACUGAUGCUGCUAUUUCUUUGCUUAAGGAAUGUUACCUUAUACUGAAGUAAGUUUUUUUUUUUACCGUUUCCCAUCUGUUUAGCAUCUAUAAGUCGUUGAAAUACGUCGGAAGAUAAUGGUUCUACUUUUCUCGUUUUAUUGUCAAGUCCUCGGGAUUUUAGAUUUCAGAAAUCGUUUUAAAACAGUUUUCUACAUCAAAAUUGCUGUAAAUUAACAUUUUAUCUCCAUUAGGACCGGGGAUUUCUGAAAAUGCUUCAGUAUCACCCUCCAUGAUCCUCCUACUGUUUUCUGUCACCUAGAACGUUGAUUGUUUUGAAAUGAAGUUAAACGUGUUAUUGUUCUAAAUAAACAAUUGUUACCUGGGUUAGAUACUCGCUACAAUUUAGCGCUGUUUUCAAAAACGUUUUUAUUUAAUUUUUCUGCUUAAAUUAAAUUUUGUCGUGGAAGAAAGUAUUAUAUAUGAAAAAAAUUACUAUAUCUACGUUUACGGGCUCGGGCCGAGAUCAACUCUUGGGGCCAAUCCCAGGUCCGAGAUCAACAUUAGAGUGUGAUAUUCUAUAUGGAAUGUAUGGCUUAAUGUAAUUGUGACGUCAUAAGCAAACAACAAUUGUGACGUCAUAAUGGUCUUUUGUCAUCAUUAUUAGCAACAUCAUAAACAGGAGCGAUGAAACAUGGCAAGGAGACUAUCAGCAAAGAAUGACAAAAAGAAACCAAUACUUGGAAAGGAUGAAGUUAAAGCAAACGAAACCGAUGAUAUCUACGGCCUUGGUCUGCUUCGAAAAUUGACUCUCUCGGCAAAAAGUAGUAAUAGAAAGAAUUCUGAAGAUCAGGGUACAUCAGGAAACGUGGAGCUACCUGCAUGCUUUGGAGAUAUUACCUGUGAUAAUGUGACAUCUUUGAAAAAUCUAUUCGAUACGCUGGAUGUUUCUCACACGGGUUCGCUGACUCCUGAGGAUCUGCACGAGGGUCUGAAGCGGAUCGAUAGCGAGGUCACGUGGGAGGAGGUCGACUCGGUCCUGAAGAGACUAGACCAAAAUGGCGAUGGAGUGAUCAAUUUUGAUGAUUUUCUGUUUCACAUGACCCAAGGAGGUCUACCAGAUGGAGACGUGAAUAAGGAAAACAGAUGCAAUUCUUCCCGCCGCCAGAGAUUGCUCCGUACAGCGAUUACCCAGAAAACCAUUGGGGAUAACUUACAGUACGUCGCCAAUCGUCAGCCGCAUGUUCUGAAACACUACACGGUAGGUGCGCGGCUGGUUGGUCUUACUGACCGCCAGGUGGCGCUCCAAAUGAAGAAAACAACAGAGAAUGCGAUAAAAAGUGAUUCCCCGUAUGCAACACCCCUUCAAUUUCCUUUUCCAACACCUUCAACACAUGGUUUAAAAGCCACGCAUCGAUCUGGUCAGGUUCAGGAACAGCCGAAUAGAAGAUUUUCAUCCCGGUCAGCACGAUCUAGCGUAGUGGACAAACUACCUGAUGGUGACGUCAUCAAAACAGAUUUGAAUAACGAGGUGGUAACCUUGCAGGAAUUUAGUGCUGACAAAGAAGGGACACCACAGGCAACAAAAGUGAAAACAGGGACAGAAAAAGAUCCCGUUCCACUGCCAGUAUUAAAACUCAAGUCAAAACACCGCCAUCCCAGCAUUGACGAUCUGCCGAACAUCCGAGAUCAGGCCAGAAAAACCGUGGACGAAUUUUACCAUAAUUUGCAGAAAAAGAGCGUUUUGCGUUCUUUAGAAAGCUGGGAGAAAAUGCAUGCAGAAACCAUUCUUCCCCCAAAAACGCUGGAGAACUUCCGCGUCAUGUACCGCGCGUACUCGCCCCAGAGUGAAGCGGAAGCAUUCGUUGUGGGUCCUUGGAUCCCGAAACCCUGUAACUACAGCAGACGACGAAUUCAGCUGAGUCAUCACACACCCCGGUCUGCACGGACGCGAGACAGUCCCGGUCCUCACUCAGCCACUGGCGAAAGGCGAUGCGUCUCCAGCCUGUACUAGGAUUUAAACUUUCAUUGAAAAAAAAUUUGCUGUUUUCAUUGAAGAAUGCUAAAAAAAAUUGUGCAGAUUAUAUAUUUAAAAAUGAAAUUAAAUACGCAUUGUGCAUUUUCA